AUGUUGAUGUUUCGUUCUUUUUCUAAACACCUGUGAACUCGUAGUGUGUUACCACUCGGUGAACGCCAUAAAAACCCCCACCUUUCCGUGAAAUCAGAGUCGGACUACCUCUGUAACCUUAGCCCGCUUGGGUCCGCCUCGGUUUUGGCCAAACCAGUUUGUCAGUUUGGCUGAAGGGGAGGUGAAGGACUGAAGUGUACAGCCGUUCAACUUUCCUGUUGCUCUGUUACGCUGGGUUUUUUUUUUUUCUUCCAUCGUUUGUUUACUGUGACUCACCUGUGUCCAGUAUGAACAUGUUCAGGAAAGAUAAAAGCGAAAAGGCCGCCGCUCCAGUGGUCCCACCAAGACCCACCCAGGAGGAUUUGGAUAAUCCUAUCACACACAAGUUAAACAGACAGGAUGGAGGAGCGACCUCAGCCUCGCAGAGGACAGGGGUGAUGGGAGUGAUGCAGAAGGUCAACCCCUUCAAGUCUUCAUCCCAGACUCCGGCCGCCGUCGCCAAAGCCUCGUCUUCGGAGUCUUUAGAGCAGGAGGCAGCUCCAGCAUCCACACAGAGGACGGGGGUGAUGGGAGUGAUGCAGAAGGUCAACCCCUUCAAGUCUUCAUCCCAGACUCCGGCCGCCGUCGCCAAAGCCUCGUCUUCGGAGUCUUUAGAGCAGGAGGCAGCUCCAGCAUCCACACAGAACCCCGGUGCGCUGAGAGGGGUUAUUCAGAAGGUCAACCCAUUCAAGUCUACCUCCCAGGUGUCUAAGGCUCAGUCCUCCGAGUCACUGGAACCAGCGACAGUUACCGACUCUAAUCAGAACCCAGGUGUGUUUAAAGGGGUGAUGCAGAAGGUGAACCCGUUCAAGUCUUCCACACAGGUCUCGAAGAACGACGCUCUAAAUGAAACCGCCGAUCCCCGAGAAAGUGAAAAAGAACCACAGGUCAAACAGAAUCCAGGGGUGAUCGCAGGGAUGAUGCAGAAAGUCAACCCCUUCAAAUCCUCACAGCCAAAGGACACCCAGUCUCUACACAGUGACCUCUCCACCAGCGAUGGAAGCUUAGCAGACAACAACAACUUGCAAGAGAAACAGAACCCGGGAAUGUUUAAAGGGAUGAUACAGAAAGUGAACCCGUUUAAGUCUUCCACUCAGGACACCCGGUCUCUUCACAGCGAGAACUCCUCAAGCUCCCAAAGUUUAGACGACGCCACCAUCGAGCGAGGAUCUGUUUGGUACACAGACGAUGAACCUAGCUGUGAGGUGAAAAGCCAGCCGGUGGAGACACAGAAGAAACGAACUAUGACUUUCAGAAUAAAGAGGAUCCUUCCCAGUGCUUUGUUCGGGUCUGGGCCACAGGACUCUACAUCAUCUGGUCCUCAGGCACCGCCUCAGGAGACCGUGGAGGUUCAGACGUUGGAGAUGGCUGAAGUACCGACGCCCAGUGAAGGAACCGUCCUGGACCCUCUGGACGAUGAAGACGGCCUGUUGUCAUGGUGGAGGACAGUAGACGGCUGGAAUGAGUGGAAUGAGGCAACCCAAGACAGUGAUGCUGAGGAGGUGGUGGAACAAGCGGCCGAUCGCGUCUUCAUGGCGGCUCGCCUCUUCGUCCGCUUCUUCAACCAACGCGGCGCUUCGCUCCAGCAGCGCAUCCUGGAGCUCCUGUCUUUAGCCGACGCCGCCGACUCUUUCCAUAAGAAAACCGUGACGGCCAGCAUGGGCGGCGGGGUGGCCAGCGUCGCCGGGUCCGUCACCACCAUCACCGGCCUUAUUCUGGCACCUUUCACGGCGGGAACAUCGCUCAUCGUCACCGCGGUAGGCAUCGGUGUAGCUACGGCGGGCGGGCUGGCGUCCGCUUCAGCCAACAUCACCGACACGGUCCAUUCAAAAACAGACAGGAAGAAGGUGGAGAAGAUGAUCCAAGACUACCAGGAGGAAAUAAAGGACAUCAAAGAGUGUCUGGACUUUCUGCAGGAAGGGAUGGAGACCCUGGAGGAGUGGAAUUUUGAGCAGUACGCCGAGAGCAUCUCCAAGAAGCACCUCAAUCAAAACGUCAAACAUGUAAUGAAGGAGGGUGGCCGAGCUGGAAAGGCCUUGGUGAUCAACACCGAGAGUCUGAUCAGCACUGUUCAGGUCCUUGGUGUUGCGGGCGGCGCAGCCAAGGCCGCCCAGGUGAUGAGCGUCACCACCGGAGUGAUGUCGGGCCUCUUCCUCGCUCUGGACGUCUUCUUCCUGGCGAAGGAUUCCAUGGAGCUGAGGAAAGGGGCCAAGACGGAGUUCGCCACCAAGAUCCGGGAGGUUUGUAAAGAUCUGCAGGACGGACUGUUGGAGCUGAACAAGAUCAAGGAGCAGCUGCAGAAGACGAUGGACGGGAUAGAGGUGGAGGUAGAUGAGGAAGAGGAGGAGGAUGAAGAACAACUGAAGGCUGAUCUGAAGAAACUCAUUGAACUUGAAGAAUGAAGUAUCUGCGAUUUGGAAAGUCAAACCCAAACCUCAGUGCCCUUAUCUUAGAAAGACCGGAGGGCAUUAUUAUAACUCGAAGACACUGUUGAUCCAAUGUUGUAAGAAUUUUAAUUGAGUAGUUUCUGUUAUUUAUUUUGAAUAUGAAGUCAAUUUAACCCGUGCUAAUAUGUAGUAAUGUGUUUGUUUCACUGUUGUUUUAGUCAGUUUUUAAAAGACCAAGUUUCAGUGCAAUAAAGGUGAAUUCCUAGCAA